GGAGGCUUGGAACUUCACAGCUUCUUCUGGAAAGUGACUCCUCAAUCAAAGUUGGCUGCGUGCUAUCCAAACAUGUCUCUCCCGGUCGCAAAAAGCAAAAAGCAACUCAAACACGGAAGCGAAAGGGGGUGGGUGCUGACAUGGAAACAAAGUGUGGGCAGUAAAGUGCAUCAUGCCCGCAACUUCAACCUUCUAGAAAUCUAGUCAUGCCCCGUGUUUCUCGCCAGGUCAAUUCGGGGCGACUCCGAAGAUCCGUAUGAACAAUGAGUAGUAGUGUCACACUCAGAUGUCAACCUUUCGCUCUCGGAUCGAGAGGAGUUGGAAACCCAGACCUAUCUUGUCCCCAUAGACAGAGAAACGGUGCAAGAUCCAGAUUCAAGGUAGAGUAUUAUUCUCUCACAAGAUUACAGAAUGAGAACACAUCAGCGGAGGCAAGGAUUUGAAUCAGACAUCUUUUGGCCUCAUUGGGUGGGCCGUAGGUCAGCUCCACUCAUGCCACCGUUAAUUAUCACCUUCUCAAUCCUAUUCUUAGAAUAGUCCUGCUGAUCCAGGUACUUCUUUCUCAAAGGUGGGAUGACUCGCCCAGGGACGGCUGCAGCUAGCUACCUGGGCUGUAGCACAACACAUCAGGUUUCAGCAAUUGGAAAGGGUUCCCAGGAAGCAAAACCCGGCCCUUCAUGGAUUUCGGAGUUCUCGUCAUGCACGAAUUUAUAAUCAGAGAGGCAGGUGGCAACUGUACUACUGUGCAGAAACUGUAUAAUCCCACUGGCACCAUUCGGAAUCUCCUUGAGAUCUCGAGGGAGAUUUCUGUGGCCCCUUCAGAUUCAUCAGGAAGCCAUGUGAGGCUUUAGACUGUGGGGACAAAAUUAUACAAAUUUAAUAAUGAAAUGCCUUCUGCCUGCCCACAAAGUGUCGGUGACCUGAAGUCGAACUUGCGUGCACUAAAUUUAAGAGAUGUGAUGGACUAGAAUCUUCAUCUCCAGACCUCGGCUUCCAACAUCUCGACCUUGGUCGUGAUGUUGAGAUGCAUCAGGGGCUUUUUCCUGACUCCGAAGACCUGCAGAGACCAACUCUAACUGUUUCGGAGCUUCUUUGAUUAGAAGCUCAAUUUUGAGUGGAAGAGUAUGGUUUGUCAGGAGAGCUAAUGGUCAGGAAAAAGUGGUGGACCAUCAUCUGAUCAUAGCUGUCGAUUUUGCAAGAGCAACCCAACGAGUGCUGGAGCAGGACUCUGUUCUUCAAGGUUCAGCAAACAGUCAGUCAGUCCCAAGUGGUGGCUGCAAAGCAGAAGAAGCUGUAACUCUGACACCUACUUUGGAGCUCCUCAGAGUGACAGGAGAGACUGAUGGAAUGUCAAUUCGAAAUCAGGCACCGAGAGAACAACUGGACCUGUAACAAACAGAAGAGGAAUUUUUCUUCCGGCUCCCAACUCUACUUUCCUGAGUACCACCUCACGACGUAAGUGUGAGGAAUUUCUACGGAUGUUAUGACCGAGACUAACCGGUGUGGAGAAUCUUCGGUCGGUUCCAGUCGGGCCUCAUCUUUGCGAGCUGGUGCUGAAACAGGAUUCAUUGAAUGGGGUAUCGAUGAUCUCGGUAUGAGGAGGACAACACGCCACUCUUCGUAGGACGAUCACAUGGCACACGUACUAGGCGCCAGCUGCGUUCUAACGAUGCUCUUCGGUGGUAUGGAAAGCAUAGACUGGAAGAAUUCCAUGGUCUCGAAAAAGCUGUCGAACAUCGCCAUGAUAAUAUUUGACUUCAUUACGGCGGUGGCAGUUUGGUUCCAGAGCGUUGCAGAUGAAUCGUCAAGCCUCCUGCCCUUCAUGAUGCCCUGCUGGCCAGGCGGCGCAGACUAUGGCCCGCCCGAGUUCGAGAUCGAUGACACGAGCAGCAGCAGCAGCAGGAGAGGAACAUCGAAAAUCAAAUCGUCCCUGAGGGUGAACAAUUUUGUGAAAUCAGCAGCCAACUGCGACCAUGACUGCACCGUUUGCCUGUCCGAGUUCUCAGACAACGACAGCGUCUACGAGCUCCCCCAAUGCAAACACAUUUUCCACAAAGCUUGCUUGAAUGAAUGGCUGCAAACCAAUCGCACCACCUGCCCGCUUUGCCGUUCCAGUCUCCAGCCGGCGCAGUGCACCGCUGCCGUCCCGGGCGAGAUGAGUGCCACCUCUGACCACUAUUUCGACCACCGCUACUGAUCUGAUACUCCGUGUCAAGCCGGCAUACUGUCACCUCCUACGGCACAGGCUCGCAGCAGCUGAAAAGUUGGUACAAAUCCGAGCCAUACUAGUCCUGCAAUUUCACGACUCCUACGGCACAGGCUCGCAGAAGAAGCUGAAUAGUUGGUACAAAUCCGAGCCAUACUACUAGUCCUGCAAUUUCACGACGCUUCCUACUCACUGGCACCACCACACUGACACCUCGGGAUUGAGGCAGCGAGAAGAACAUUAUUAUGACGUCCCCUGUGCAUAUGUACAUAUGUAAAGACACCAGACCUUCGAGUGGGCAUUGUACACCUGUUCUCUAUCUUCGGUUGAAUCUCGUAUGAGUCUUGAAGUCAGUAAGAGAUGCGUUCACUCUCCAAAGGGUUCUGACAGAAUUUGUCGUCAUGGAAAAUGUGGUCCACGAGCAAGACGAGCUGAGCUGAGACGGACGGAACGGGAGGCCAAUAGCGUUACCAAAACGUUAGUGAGGGGACGAAGACAUUGACAGUUGGAUUAUUCGUAUACUACACGUUAGAUAUGUACAUAGGAGCAAAAUGUGUCGUUGGCCGAGCGGAUGGAUUCUUCCAGCACGCAGAUUUGUUAUAUAUCUGUGCUUAGAUUCGUGAGUAUUGCUGGUCCACCAGGUCUGGAUUUUCCACGUGGGCACAUGACGGGAAGAAUGACUUGAAGCUGUGGCCCUACGUAAUGCCCAUGACUGUAAGUUGGAAAGAGAAUUCAGUUAAG